UCAAAAUAAUAAAAUACGAGUACUAUAUAUACAUAUAUCCUUUCUGCCUCAUUACUGUAUUUCUCCAAAUUUCAUUCCAUCAUCCAAAGAUAAAAAUAAUACAAUAAAAUGCAUCACGAUCUCUGAACAAACAAAGCGAUUCAUGAUCCUCAUAAUCUUCAUCAUCAACUGAAAUUGAAAUAGAAAUGAACAACCAUCCGCAAUUUCCGGAACACGAGCAUCUAAACUGUCCAAGAUGCGAUUCAAGCAACACUAAAUUCUGCUAUUACAAUAACUACAAUCUGCUGCAGCCACGUCAUUACUGUAAAAACUGCCGUCGUUAUUGGACUAAAGGCGGCACCCUCCGUAAAAUCCCCGUCGGAGGCGGUACUCGGAAAUCACCAGCCACCAAACCAUCGUCUAGUAAACGUCUGGCCGCUGAUUCUUCACCGGCGACUACUCCGCCAGCUCAGCUUGUGAAGGCAGAACCAUCUUCUUCUGCUUCUUCAUCUUGUGGAGUUUUUGACUUUAGUAAUAAUAAAAAUAAUAAUAAUAAUAAUAAUAAAAGUAGUAGUAGUAAUAUAAGAUCGGAAGAUGGUGGUGUGAGCGGAGGAGGUCCGGCGACCAAUCUUUCUAUUUUUACGCCAGGAUGUAGAAACAUUAUCAAGCAACAUUGCCAUGGGCAAAUGAGAGUUUUUAACAGCUGCGCAAGUCAUGUAUGCAUAGGUUUUGAUCAAAAAACGUUGAAGCACAUUAAACACAUUUGUAAAAUCGUAUUCUCAUGGGUGUUCUUCCUCCAGUUUCUAAAUUGGUGCAAAAUAAAUGACGCUUCCUGCUUUCAAGUUCAAUAAAAAUGAAGGGAACUUGAAGUAAACAACAUCACAUUGCAAUGGAACGGCGCUUAUAUGUGUAAAUGCAAAUCAUACACCAAUCAGAUGUAACAACAAAAAAACGUAUUAACUUGUGUGUAAGAGAUGGUAGAUAACGAUAUACCUUUGUGUUAUGAAUUUUCGCUAGAGAAUUAAAAGUCACCCAACGUGUACAAGCUCAUCCAUGUUAAAGCAUCAUAUCAUGUUACAACCAAACUGAACUGAUACUAAAAAAAGAUUGUACAAUAGGACAUGUGAUGAACAGUAUAUGCAUAAACCAACCAUUUACCACUAAAAUUAAUUGCAUAAUUAUGUUUACCAUCUAA